AAAGGCAGUUGGAAGAUGGCAACAUCCAAACCAAGAAGACCUUCUUCUUCCUCAGCUGAACAUUCCACUUCCAACACCAUGUGUUACUACGGGAACUUUUAUGGUGGCCUCGGCUGUGGCUACAGAAGCCUGGGCUGUGGCUAUGGCUGUGGCUAUGGUGGCUAUGGUGGCUGUGGCUAUGGUGGCUAUGGCGGCUAUGGCUAUGGCUGCUGGCACCCGCUGUACUGUGGAAGAUACUGGUCCUAUGGCUACUAUUGAGGAAUUCACAGGGCUACAUAGUCUAUUGGUUGCAGUCUCCUAUUUUACUGACACAAAACCUGUUUCUUCACUUAAAUUUUAAGAUGUCUCCAAACUAGCAAAUGUGUGCUAAACUAUCUGAGAAAAAAAUGAAACUUGGGGCCAGCACUGCGCCGCAGCGGGUUAAUGCCCUGGCCUGAAGCUCUGGCAUCCCAUAUGGGCACCUGUUCUAGUCCUGGCUGCUCCACUUCCGAUCCAGCUCUCUGUUACAGCCUGGGAUAGCAGUGGAAUAUGGCUCAAGUUCUUAGGUCCCUGCACGCACAUGGGAGACCCAGAAGAAGCUCCGGGCUCCUGGCUCCAGAUUGCCGAAGCUCCGGCCAUUGCAGCCAUCUGGGGCAGGAACCAGCAGAUGGAAGACCUUUCUCUCUGUCUCUACCUCUCUCUAUAACUCUGUCUUUCAAUCAAAUAAAAUGAAUCUUAAAAAAAAUGAAA